AUGCAAGAGUUCCCGGUGGACAAUUUCCUUGGUGCCGCUGUGCGCCUUCUCGAGUACAUCGAGUACCAGGACAGCAACUAUUCCCGCGAAGAACGCAUUGAGAACCUUCGUUAUGCCUACGAAAAAGCAGUCCACCACUUUGCUCAAGAACGCCAGCAGACCCUGUUAAAGGCCGACCCAAAGAGACUUCAAGCCUCUCUUCAGACCAUUGUUGGCAUGGUUGUCUACAGCUGGACCAAGGUCUCCAAAGAACUCAUGGCAGACCUCAGCAUCCACUACACAUACACGCUCGUGCUAGAUGACAGCCGAGACGACCCUCAUCCUCAGAUGCUGACCUACUUUGACGACUUGCAAAGUGGCCGUGAGCAGAAACACCCUUGGUGGAUACUUGUGAACGAACACUUUCCCAAUGUCCUUCGACACUUUGGGCCGUUUUGCUCCCUCAACCUCAUCCGCAGUACACUUGACUUUUUCGAAGGCUGCUGGAUUGAGCAGUACAACUUUCAUGGAUAUCACGGCUCGUACGAUUAUCCCGGCUUCCUCCGCCGCAUCAACGGCCUUGGUCACUGCGUAGGAGCCUCCCUGUGGCCCAAAGACCAGUUUAAUGAGCAAGUGCUCUUUCGUGAAAUAACCUCCGCCGUCGCUCAGAUGGAAAACUGGAUGGUUUGGGUCAAUGACCUGCUCUCUUUUUACAAGGAGUACGACGACCCCCGCGACCAGACCAGUCUUGUCAAAAACUAUGUCACCACAUACGGCAUCACCCUGGGCGAAGCGCUGGAGAAGCUGAUCGAGGAUACGCUUCUGUCCUCCAAGCAGAUGAUGGCCGUCUUCGCCGACAAGGAUCCGCAGCUCAAAGAAACAAUCACCCGCUUCAUGCACGGCUAUGUUACCUGGCACCUGUGUGACAAUCGCUACAGGUUGAAGGAGAUCUAUCUUCGGGCGAAGACGAUGGAUACAGAGGAUGCUCGCGCUUUCACCAGGUUUCGCGAGCAAGCAGCCGAAGUUGGCGCUGUCGCGGCCUCCGAGUGGGUGAAGUUCACGGUCGUCGAUGCUGUUGAAGCCCAGAAAGCAGCCAAGAAGCACUCUGGCGAUAAAGUUGCUCCGCAGGGUCUAUUUUCGCGCUUUGCUCUAUCCUGGUGGCAAAACGGACUAGUUUUAUGUGUUAUCAUACUUCUUCUCACGAACAUGCACCUACCCCUGCCCCUACUAUUUGGUACCUCCGCGUCGCGCGGCCACUGGCACGACAUCUCGAACAACAUCUCGAACACACUGUCAAGCCUUCGAAUUACCGCUAAUCCCUGA